AUGAAUCGUGCUUUGUUAUUUGUCUGUCUUUUGGGACUGGUGCUUCCCACUGUUCAGAAAGGUUUGGAAUGUGCUGUCUGUAUUGACUUCGUCAGUGGAAUUGACAAGAAGGAGAUUAAAGAAGAUGCUAACCUUAAAGAUAAACUCGACAAGGAUUGCAGAAACAUGUUGGACAUGCCAAUGAUUGAAACGUAUUGUGAAAAGCUUGUGAACGAGGAAUAUGAAACCAUUUUGAAGAAAAUAGAGAAUGAUGAAAAACCAGCCACGAUAUGUAAAGACAUAGAUAUGUGUUAA